AUGAGAUUUUUCUGUCAACAGCUGGCAGCUGGCCUCGUUGGGCUUGCCGUCUUCUCGGCUGAUGCCCUGGCGACUCAAAACCACCCCAAUGCAAGGUUAGACCAUUGCCUUCAAGCAUGCAAGACAUUGGAGAGCAAGUUUGCAGAUCAGGUCAGCCAGCCAAAUUCUACCAUCUAUGGUGAGCAGAAGGCGCAGUUCUGGUCCUCCCAGCAGUCGGAAACAACCCCAGCUUGUUUCUUCCGUCCCAAAAGCUCAAAAGAUGUUGCUGCUGCCAUCAAGGUACUUCGUCGUACUGGGUGUCCCUUUGCAGCCAAAUCAGGGGGUCAUGCUGCCAUGUCUGGCGCAUCAAACAUUGCUGGUGGCGUUACCAUCGACUUUUCUUCACUCAAGGGCAUCACCGUCAGCAAAGAUAGACGUACGGUCUCCCUAGGCGCAGGGAAUACCUGGCUUGACGUCUACUCGCAGCUGCAAAAGGAGGACCUGGUGGCUAUCGGUGGUAGGGUUGCUGAUAUUGGUGUCGGCGGCCUGACCCUAGGAGGAGGGAUCUCGUUCUUCAGCAACCUGUACGGAUGGGCAGCAGACAAUGUUCGAAGCUUCGAAGUCGUCACAGCUUCUGGUGAUAUUAUCCAUGCCAGCCCCCACCGCCAUGCUGAUCUGUACUGGGCCCUCCGAGGCGGCGGUAACAAUUUUGGCCUUGUCACUGAGUUCGAGGUCUUUUCAUACCCAUUGAAAGGGGGCGAGAUGUGGGGAGGAAACCUCGUUUAUCCAGGGCCGCAGAAUGCGAGCAUGUUCCGGCAUUUGGCUGAAUAUACCACACAUGGUGCAGCACAGGAUCCAAAGUCUGCGUUGAUCGUGAAUGUUGUAUACCUCCAACCUGUCGAUCAAUACAUAUGUGUGACGCAAGUGGAGUAUGCCGAGGCCAUGAAAGACAACAGUACUCAUCCUAUGGUCUUUAAUGGUAUAUUUGCUGAACCGAAUCGGCUGAUGGACACAGUAAAGUCUGCUACUCUGGCACAGAUUACAACGGACUUCAACGAUGCAAAUCCCAACGGCCUGAGGGAGAGCUACUGGACAGCAACCAUCGAGGCAGACGCACAACUUCUUUCAGACCUCCUAGAUCUUUGGGUUGAAGCCAUCAGCCCUCUACAAAAAAAGGUCAAGGGGUAUCUACCUGUAUAUUCACUGGAACCUAUUGGCAUUCCAAUGCUCAAACCGAUGGCCAACCGGGGCGGUAAUGCAUUAGGUCUAGACAAUAAAAAACCUAUUAUCAUCAUGAAUCCCAGCGCUAGAUGGGAAAAUGCAGAAGACGACAAGGUUGUCAUUGAUGCAUAUGUUGGCUGGCUUGAAAAAGCAAAGGCGAAGGCUGAGGAACGAGGACUCUGGAACGAUUUUGUUUAUAUGAAUUAUGCGAGUGUCAAGCAGGAUCCUAUUCAAAGCUAUGGGAAGGCCAAUAUCGAGCGGCUGAACAAAGUAGCUAGAAAGUAUGAUCCUGACAGCAUCUUCCAACGUCUACAGCCUGGAUACUUCAAACUAUAA